AUGAACCUGCCUGACAGCGCCCUUCCAGACCUUAAAGAUGCUGCUGAAGUCAGAGGGAACUCGAACAAACCAUCCAAAUACGAGGACAUUAUCUCCAGGAGAAUUGGGCACCAUUCAGGAUCUCCUGCUGUCUACAAGCUGAACGCAAAGGAAGAGAAGUUUGAAAGUCUAACGAGAAUUACUGUUGGUGAAAAAAAUGUGAAUAAGAUCAAAAAAACCAUCUUACUUGUGGGUGAAACAGGAGCAGGAAAAUCUAUUCUUGUCAAUGUUCUGAUCAACUACGCCAUGGGAAUAAAGUGGGAGGAUUACAUCUGGUUUCAGAUCGUAGAGGAGGAGGAGAAAAGUCAGACAGAAAGUCAGACAUCAGAUGUGAUCGUGUACGAGAUCUUUGGUUAUGAAGAUAAAACUCUGCCCUACUCUCUGACCAUCAUUGAUACUCCUGGAUAUGGAGACACCAGAGGGAUUGAACAUGAUGCCACUGUCAGUCAAAGAUUAUUGGACUUCUUUCUAUCGGAGGAUGGAGUUCAUGAACUUCAUGCAGUGGGUCUGGUUUCAAAAGCGAGUGAUAAUCGGCUGUGUGACCGAUUGAUGUAUGUCUUCGAUUCACUGAUGUCUCUGUUUGGAAAAGACCUGGAAAAAAACAUUGUAGCUCUCAUCACACACUCAGAUGGAAGAAGACCUAAAAAUGCUCUUCAGGCUCUUGAAGCUGCAAAAAUUAAAUGUGUCAGAAAUGAGAACAAUCAGCCUGUUUACUUCCUCUUUAAUAACUGCCAGCAAGAAGACCGAACAGAGGAGGAAAAAUUCCUGAAACAGGCUGAUGAAAUAUCAGAGACAGGACUGAGAGAGUUCACAACAUUCCUGGAAAAAACUGCAUCUAAGAAACUGAAGAUAACUGUGGAAGUCCUGAAUGAACGAAUCACACUGAAAGCCUGCAUUCAAAACCUGCGAGAGAGAAUCGAACUGACUGAACUGAAACAGGCAGAAAUCAAACAGAUUCAAGAAGGUCUGAAGAAACAUGAAGAAGAGAUGAAGAAGAAUGAGAAGUUCACUGUAGAAGUUGAUGAGAUCGCCCUGAAAGCUGAUUCAGCGUCCACUAUUGUCCAUUUGGACUUCCUGAUUAAGAAGAUGAAGGAGGAACGAGACACAGAGAAGGUCCAGAAACUGGAGGAGAUGAAAGACAGAGUGGAUGAAAGAACCAGAGCAGCAGCUCGAUACAUGACUGAUAAACAACACAAAUGA